AUAAUGACUGCUAUAAAUAGACCUCGUAAUCAAAACAAGUUCUGCAAGGAGAAGCCAAGCUAAGCUUUAAAAACAAACCAUCAACAUUUCCAAUUUUCAAAAGCUCGGGGUAAAGGCAAUGGAAGUUGUGAAGAAUCUAGUGAGUGAAAUGCCGCUAGUGAUCUUCAGUAAAAGCUCUUGCUGUGUUUCUCACUCAAUGAAGCAACUUAUGAGAAGCUAUGGAGCCAAUUUAACAGUAUACGAGCUUGAUGAAAUUCCAAAUGGGAAAGAGAUUGAAAAGGGUCUUUUGAGCAUGGGAAAUAAGCCAAGUGUGCCAGCUAUUUUCAUUGGCCAUAAGUUAGUUGGUGGGUCUAAAGAAGUCCUUAGCCUCCAAAUCCAAGGGAAAUUGGCGUCUCAGCUCAUGGAAGCAGGAGCCAUAUGGGUUUGAAAUAGUACAUAACCAAAGACUUCAUUUUGAGCCUCUUUCUUUUACUGUACAAUACUACAAGGUAACAAGAUUAGAAAUCAGUUAGACAAUAUGAUGCUGCUAAUGUAAUCACUUAAACUAACGAGGAGCUUCUCUUCUACUUUCUCU